AGUGAGAGAGUGAGACAGGUCAAUUUCACCAUCGACGCUCUCAAAUCCGAGGCCGAACACUGCUUCUGCAAACUAACUUCGCAGCUACCUGAGGACAUCCUGGAGAAAGUCUCCAAAUUUGUGGAAAAGGCCCAGAUCACACAACACACAAAAGGUAAGGAACGACAGAAACGCAAAUUCCAGGUUUUGCAAACUAGGCACAACAGAAAACACAAGUCGGAAGAACUGACAUGGAGGAAGAAGGAUGCCCACACCACGCAGCAGGGCAUCCAGAAGAAGUGGGUCCAGAACCUAUCGCACAGAGAACUCACGCAACCAGAGAAUGAGAUCCUGGCCAAAGGACUAAACUUCGCCAUAACACCAGAACAGAUUCCAGUGGUAGACCUCAUCACUGCUACAGAGUCUGCCAUCAAGAACAACAAACUGACAAACACAGAAGCCGAACAACUCAGACUGGAAAUAACAUCAGCCCUCGCCAGUGCAAAAACACCACCAUCGAACAUCACCCCCCAGGAAAGGAAGGCGCUAGUAUCACUGCAGAAAGACCGGGACAUCACGAUCCUGCCAGCAGACAAAGGGAGAUGCACAGUGGUGUUAAACACGGUGGACUACCAGGCAAAAAUGAACAACCUCCUCAACGACCAAGACACUUAUGAGACACUGAGACGCGACCCAACCAACAUCUACAAAACCAGAAUAAUAAACUACCUACAACAACUGGAAAAGGAGAAGGUCAUCGACAGACUCCUUUAUUACCGUCUGUACCCAGGGGAAGCCACACCGUGUAUUUAUGGUCUCCCCAAAAUACACAAGGAGGGAGCCCCACUCAGACCCAUUGUCAGUAGCAUCAACUCUGUCACAUAUAACAUUGCCAAGCAUUUGGCAUCCAUCCUCUCUCCAUUAGUAGGCAACACCCCACACCACAUCGAAAACUCCAGGGACUUUGUGAACAAAGUCAAGGACAUCACACUGGACCCAGAAGAAACCAUCGUGUCCUUUGAUGUCACCUCUCUGUUCACCUGCAUCCCCACGAGAGAAGCCACGGAUGUAGUAAGGAAAAAACUACAAAAGGAUGACACCUUGGCCUCAAGAACCAACCUCACCCCAGAACAAGUCUGUGUGUUACUCGACCUGUGCCUGACCACCACCUACUUUCAGUUCAAUGGAGGUUUCUACAGGCAAAAACACGGCUGUGCGAUGGGGUCCCCAGUGUCACCGAUCGUGGCCAAUCUCUACAUGGAGGAAGUAGAGACCAGAGCUCUGGACACCUUUGCAGGUCCCACUCCCACCCACUGGUACAGAUAUGUGGACGACACCUGGGUUAAAAUCAAGACAAAGGAGGUGGAAUCUUUCACUAAACACAUCAACACAGUGGACAGCAACAUCAAGUUCACCAGGGAGGACAUCAGCGGGGCCUGUCUGGCCUUUUUGGACUGUUUGGUACGUGUUGAAGAAGAUCGAAGCCUCAACAUAGAAGUAUAUAGGAAACCCACACACACAGACCAACACCUGUUAUUUGACUCACACCACCCCCUGGAACACAAACUGGGAGUCAUCAGAACCCUCCAGCACCGAGCACAGACUGUCCCCACCAGACAGGAUGGCAAGGACAAGGAGGGAACACACAUUAAACAAACCCUCAAGACAUGCGGAUAUCCCAACUGGGCCUUUGUCAAAGGCUCAAAAAGAUAUCCCAGGAAGGACAGGGAAGAGGAACAAAACAGAAGGAAGAACAUCACCAUCCCCUACAUAGCUGGGGUAUCAGAGAAACUAAGGAGAAUUUUUGGUAAACACCGCAUCCCAGUUUAUUUCAAACCUGGAAACACCCUAAGACAGAAACUGGUCCACCCCAAGGACAAAACACCUAGACAGAAACAGAGCAAUGUAGUGUACGCGGUUCAGUGUAGCGAGGAAUGUACAGACCUGUACAUUGGGGAAACCAAACAACCCAUACACAAGCGCAUGGCCCAACACAGGAGAGCCAGCUCAUCAGGAAACGACUCAGCAGUCCACCUCCACCUGAAGGACAAAGGACACUCCUUUGAGGAUAACAACGUCAAAGUCCUGGCCAGAGAGGACAGAUGGUUUGAGAGAGGAGUUAAGGAAGCCAUCUAUGUCAAAAUGGAGAAACCUUCUCUAAACAGAGGAGGUGGA